ACUCUGUUAUGUUUAUAGUCACUGAUAAUCGAGUUGCAUAAAAUCCCUGAUUCUGUCGACAGAUUGAUAGUUUAAACGUUUAAAUAAACCAAAAUGACAAGCAAAACUGCAUUAAUUGCAACCAUGAUAAGAAGGUCCUUUGGAACCAGUCAGGUUAUGCGGGAAACGAUCAAAAACCACGAGCCGAACAACCUCGAGCGACGUAUGUUGGUCUGGACCGGUAAAUACAAGUCCCAGGCCGAAGUUCCCAAUUUUGUUAGUCAGGAUGUCAUGGAGCGCUGUCGCAACAAAAUUCGGAUCCGUCUGGCCAAUAUAAUGAUCGCUCUCACCGCUGUCGGUUGUGCUAUAAUGGUGUACAGCGGCAAACAGGCCGCCAAGCGAGGAGAAUCCGUUACCAAGAUGAAUUUGGAAUGGCACAAGCAGUUUAAUGAUCCCCAUCAGAGCGAAGGAUCUGCUCCGUCUGCCAAAUAGGAACAUUCACCAAAGUCACCCCCUUCGCCUAGAAACAUUACAAUUGGCCAAGUUUCCGUUUUAACAUCUAAUGCUUAUUUGUCUUAAAGUUUGAAAGUUAAAGUUAAAGCUUAAAGUUGUUGAGACUAGGUAAUGAAUAUUAAUUGAGUUUUUAUAUACUUUCUUACUUGCAUUGUUAUACUAUUAUAGAUUUUUUAAAAGUUUUCUAUUUUGUGUUCAACAAUUUUCUUAUAAAAUGGUUUAAAACGGCGAACUUUUUCACUUUAUUUAAAAUUAAAACGGAAACAGGUCAAACCUUUUAGUUACGAUUUGAUUUAAUAAAAACAUCGCCGUGAACAUGUCCUUGAUAGAUUAUCAGUGAUAUUUGCAAACUCAAAGUUAGUUGUAUUACGAAAAUUAAUAAAUAUUUAUGAGAAAUGUA